CACUCUCCAUUCGAUUCCCGCCACGUAAGAAUCUAUGCACUGAUGUUUUAUUCACAAAGCGAUCGGCGAGAAAGUUUUUUCUCGGGAAAAAAAUGGAAAUGGAAGUUGUUUUGGGAAGCGGAGAAGAGGCGAGACCUAAACCUUGUUCUUCGGAGAUUGAAUCAGCUGAGAAAACCCUAAAAGAUGAUGUUGGUGUUCAAGAGAACGGUGUUAGGGUUUCUGAAAACGGUGAGAAAAAGUCUGAUGUUGUUGACGAUGAUGAGAAAACUGUGAAGAAUUUGAACGAAUCUGGAGUUAUAGAAGAUUGUGUUAUGAAUGGAGUUUCUUCUUUACUGAAAUUGAAGGAAGAUGUGGAAGAAGAAGAAGAAGAGGACGAAGAAGAUGAUGAAGAAGAAGAAGAAGAAGAAGAAGAAGAAGAGCAUGGUUACUGUGUUGGUGAUUUUGUGUGGGGUAAAAUCAAGAAUCAUCCAUGGUGGCCAGGUCAGAUUUAUGAUCCAUCAGAUGCUUCAGAUUUGGCUUUGAAGAUAAAGCAAAAAGGGAAAUUGCUUGUGGCGUGUUUUGGAGAUGGGACAUUUGCUUGGUGCGGUGCGUCGCAGUUGAAACCGUUUGCUGAGAGUUUUAAAGAGUGUUCGAAGGUGAGUAAUUCGAGGGGGUUUCUCGGUGCGGUGGAAGAGGCGGUUGAAGAGAUUGGUAGACAGAUUGAGCGUGUAUUGGUAUGUGAUUGUGCUGAGGUGAAGUAUAGGUUUGAUAGUCCUGUAGUUAACAAUGCUGGGAUUAAGGAAGGUGUUUUGGUGCCUGAUGUGAGACGGGAAAUGAUUUCGUCUUUGCUGGUUGGGAAACAUGGAGAGAUUCUUAAAGAUGUUAAAAGUUUUGCAGAGACGGUUAGUUUUAGCGGUUUGCUUGAGCUGGAGAUAUUGAAAAGGAAGGUAUCUGCGUUUUAUCGGUCUAAUAGAGGAUAUGGUUUGACUGAGUAUCAUGAGCCUCAAUCAGUUCCAGGACUUGAGGAUAAGAACAACGAUGAUGAUGAUGAUGAAGAUGAGAAAGUUAAUGAUGGGUUAGAAUGGCGUGCUAAACGUUCUAGCAUAGAAGAAGCUGCAGACUUGGAUAAUGAAGAGUCGUCUCUUCAGAGAUCGUUAGAGAAGUGUUCUGGUUUUCCUGAUCAUAGGCUGCCCCACAGGAGGAAACAGAAAAGCAUUACUGAAAUAAUAGAGAAUGAGUCGGCUGCUAAGGUGAGGUUUGAGAUAGAACCUACGGAUGGAGAUGUAAAGUCAAAUGUAAAAUCGGGUAGGAAGAAAACAAAAUGCCAUGAUGAAGUUAAUGGUGAUCUUGAAAAUGUAACCGCCACUGCACCGAGGAGGAGAAGAAAGAGUGAAGUAGCUACAAUUGAAGACGCUGGUCACAAGCAAGCGGUAGAAAGUAGCAAAGGCAAAACUUCGAGGAAGAAGAAGAAAAUGGAUGUGGAUGAUGGUGAUGAUGAUGGGAGUGGAGACAGAGAAGAGACUGAGGAAAAAGAGAUUUCAGAAUUGGAAAUAGAUAUCGAUUCAACUCCAUUGGCUUCGCUGCGGAAAAGGGUCGGGUUUGAUGAUUCAAACGUUGAAAGAAGUGCGGCUGAAAAUGGCGAGACCGCUACACAAACAUCAAAGAGAGAGAGGAAGAAGAGCAAGUAUCUUUCGCCUGAUUACUUGUCUGAUUUUUCACGGAAAGGAAGAAAGAGUACAAUUGAAUCUGACUCUUCGAAAGUUUCAAGUCAGAGCCAAGUAGGAGAGCAAAUAACUAAUGCUAGUGAUAGCCUCGUGGCAGUGGAAGAAGAUACGUUGGAUAAACCUUGUGAACCAUCAUCUGAUAAUGGGUUAGGUCACGAAGAAAUGUCUGGGGAACUUAGUAACGCCGUCGACUUUCUGAGGUUGGGAGCUACACCAAAGGAAAUGCAGGAUCUAAUUCGUGUAGCCGCUCUUGGCACACAAUAUCCAAAAGACAGUAGCUCAAGAGACAUGGUAAGAGAAUUCAUGACCAUUUAUAGAAGCUUCACAUAUCAUGAUGGAGCCAAUCACAAGUUCUUAGGGAGCUAUGAUAGUUCGGAUAAAGAAAAGGAAGAACUGAAUGAGAUGGGCAAACAUGUUGUAACUAAGGGAAAAGAGAAGAAAGAUAAGAAGCGUAAAGCCAAGGAGCAAGCAGAGGAGAUAGAGGUAAUUGGAAAAGAGGAGAAUGAGACAGACAAGCAUGGGAAAACGAAGAAAGAGCGAAAACGUAAGAAGUCUGAAUCAAAGAAGGAAGGGGAUGAAGGAGAAGAAACCCAGAAAGAGGCGAUUGAGUCAACAAAGAAAGAGAGAAAACGUAAGAAGUCCGAAUCAAAGAAGCAAGCUGAUGGAGAAGAAGAAACUCAGAAAGAGCCAAGUGAGUCAACUAAAAAAGAGAGAAAACGUAAGAAGCCUGUAUCAAAGAAGAAGGCAGAAGCAGUUGAAGAAGACGAAACUCGGAAAGAGUCAGUUGAAUCAACCAAGAAAGAGAGAAAACGGAAGAAGCCUAAACAUGAUGAAGAAGAAGUCCCGAAUGAGACUGAGAAACCCGAGAAGAAGAAGAAGAAAAGAGAGGGAAAGUCUAAAAAGAAAGAAACUGAGAAGGAAUUUUCAGGAGCUGAGCUAUAUGUUACAUUUGGUCCUGGUUCAAGUUUGCCUAAAAAGGAAGAUCUGAUUGAAAUAUAUGAAAAAUUUGGAGCUUUGGACAAAGAGAGAACUGAUAUGGUCGACAACAACUUCUCUGCCCGUGUCGCUUUCUUGGAUGUAGCUGAUGGAGAAAAAGCCUUUGAAUCCUCACUAGAGAAGUGUCCGUUUAGUUCUAAUUCGACCGUUAAAUUCAGACUCAAGUAUCCAAAUGAGAGAACAGAGGAGAAGAAAACUGAAGCUGAAGUUGCAGAGACGACAAUGGAGGUGGAAUAUCUGAAGAAAAAGCUGGAGGAGAUGAAAAUGUUACUUGAUGGAUGCGAAGGAGGAAUGACUGAGCAAGUGAAAGUGAAACUUGAAGGUGAGAUGGUAAAUUUGUUGGAGAAAGUGAGAAAGUGAGAGAGAUGAGAGAUCUUCUUAGGAUUAUUAUGCUUUAUGUUUUUCUUUUGGUUGGUUGAGAAUUUUCAGGAGACUUUUGCAGGGUUUAGGAUUAUUUAUGGUUUCUGCAAAACAAAAGAGAACUAGUAUU